GAGUCUGCGCGUCAGAAACGGAAGUGCGAAAAAAUGCUAAAAAUGGGCUUCACUUGUCUCAAUUGAGUUCCAAUGGGGUCGCUGUGUCCAUUUCUUUUACUGUCUAUGGUGUUUUGUCAGAACACCUCCAUGUUGAAUGAACGCGUAAACGCAUCUUUACAUUGACUUAACAUUGAAAUCAUUUGUGCAAGAUGCUCUAUUCGCGUUUGGUGUGAACGCAGCAUUUGAGUAUGAAAGUUAAGGUGGAGAUUUAGAAGUAUUUCAAGUGUGAAAUUAUCAACAGCAAAAUGUAUUGACUAAAAAUGAAGACAAGACAACAAACAAAAACCGAGAAAGUAAUCAAGCUUGUCCCCCAGAAUCUUCUCAAGAAACGCAAGGUGUCCCAGGCUAUCAAAGCUACUCAAGCCAAACUUGCAUUAAAGCAGAAGAGAAAAGUCCAAAAAGGAAUUCCCUUGAAGUUUAAGCGCCUGGAGGACAUUUUAAAAAACAGCAAGAGGAGGAAUCAAGACGAAACAAGACUCGCCAGACUCAAACAGAGACCUCUGCGAGCCAUGCCCCCAGCAAAGAACAGCCUGGUGUUUGCUGUCCGCAUCAGAGAGGUCAAAGGUGUGAGCCCCAAAGUGAUGAAGGCCAUUCAGAUGCUGCGGCUGAGGAAGAUCUUUAGUGGCACCUUUGUGAAAGUCAGCAAGGCUUCUAUAAAAAUGCUUAAGACAGUGGAACCUUAUGUUGCUUGGGGGUAUCCCAACUUGAAAUCAGUCCGUGACCUCAUAUUGAAACGAGGUCUGGUGAGGAUUGACAAGAGAAGGAUUCCUCUAACUGACAAUACACUCAUAGAGCAGCAUCUCGGACAAUAUGGGAUCAUAUGUUUGGAGGACCUUAUUCAUGAGAUCUCUUCUGCUGGAAAGAACUUCAAGGUGGUAAACAACUUCCUGUGUCCGUUCAAUUUGUCAAUUCCACGACAUGCUGCUAAAGACAAAGUUGGACUGCUGAAAGAUGUUGGUGAUCCUGGACCCAGAGCUGAAGACAUAAACACAAUCAUCAGGAAACUCAACUGAGCUAACAGACUUUCAUGGAUACCCAGGGCCGUUGCUAAUGGGGUGAAAGGUGGUGACGAUUAUAGGGGCCCAUGGCGAUCUCAACCUUCUGAAAAAUUCUUUAGAACAUCUGAACGCAGUAGCAAUGGGUGAAACUAGUGCUGGGCGGUAAACCAGUGUAUAUAUUCGUUACCAUAAUAUCGCGCGACACUGUUUCAGACGGACCCUUUAUGCUGUGUAUACACCAAACCCGAAUAGAGCGUCUGGCGUGAAUGAUUUCAAUGUUAAGUCAUUGCAAAACCAUGUUUACGCGCGUCUGGAGGUCUUUAGCCUCACUCAUUCAACAUGGAGGAACGACUGAUGUUGUCAGUGAGCAGUCAACCUGAGCUUUAUGACACAAGUAUCACACACAAGUUCAUAUUUCAGGAAUAAAAAGGACCUCGCUUGGAAGUGUGUGUUGUAAUACACAUUUAACUUUUGAGUCACGUACACGUUUAUUGACCCGCGGCCUUCCCGCUGUUUUUUUAAAAACUAUUUUCCCCCUAAUAUAGCCUACAGCUACUUUUCGCUAACAAGUUAAUGCGUUUAUUCAGAGGACGUAUGCAGGAAAAAGUAGAAAAAAAGACCCGAGUGCUCGAUCAACAUCAGCCAUCUUGCAAACAAAUAACCGCUAGCACUUGCCCCUCCCACAAGAAGCAGAUUUUGCCUCAGACACGCGUCAAUUUCGCUUCAAACUUUUGCUUUCUAUGCGCGUCUAUUUCGCUCAUAAGCUAUUACUUAUAAGCUAUUACUAAAUAUUGUAGAAACAUAAUUUUCUGUAAAGUUGCUUUGUAACGAUUUGUAUUGUAAAAAGCGCUAUACAAAUAAACUUUAAUUGAAUUGAAUGACUGAGG